UAAACAAAACACCACGCGGCUGGAGCCAAAGCCGCACAACCAUCGUUUUUCUGCUUUUAAGUUGUGAUACAAGUGAACAUGUUGUUUUAGUUCAUAUUUUAUACAUACAAACUCAGCAAUAUAGCAUCCAAAGAUGAUUACCAGAGCCUUGCAGAGACUGAUUGUGAGCUCGCGGGUGGCCCUCACGUUGAGGGCACCAACGACAAGGGCCAUCCAGUUGCCGGUGCGGUUGAGGCUCAUGCACACUAGUCGUAUCGUUUUGGCAAAGAUGACUUACGACAACGAGAACAUCACCUCGCACAGCUUCCUGGUCAGGGAUCCCAAAUACCAGGCCACCAUUUCUCCUAUUUCAAAAGACUUUUACCUGCCCCAAAAACCACUGAUCAGCGACGAGUUCACUGAGAAGCUGGCCAACAACCAGUGGCAGGGCGACACAAUCGUCGACGAAUUCGUCAGAAUCUCCUACUUCGUCAGAGACCAAGGACUGGACAUCCCUAUUUCAGAACCUUGCUUUGAUACUUUGGUAGCAGAACUGAUAAAUGCGUCUCCAUCAUUCACCUUUGAGGAGCUGUGCAAGGUGCUGUUCUGCCUGAACAUGUGGCCGCCGACCAGCUCAGUCCAAUCUCCAAACUUCAAGGAGCUGUGGUUACAGCUAGACUCGGUGUGCAUGACCAAGUUUCGCGACUGGUCGGUGCCGCAGCUGCUACUCGUGAUGGACCACUGGUACCAGUUGUCCCUGCUGCGCAUCGGCAAGUUUGGUCGAGUUGCCUGCCGCAAGGCCCUGCGUAACUACAAGAGCCUGUCCUCGGCCGAGCUGGUGCAGAUGCUCUUCUAUGUCAACGUGAGGAGGGUGUUCCCUGACAUAGAGGUCGUUGGGCUGCAGGUGCACCUGGAAAAGCGCAUCUCGGCGCUCAGCAUGGAGGAGGUUGGCGUCUGCGCCAUGGCCUUCUUCAAGACCAAGACCAGGAUCGUCAGCUUCAACCUGAUGGAGAUGAUUCUCCGAAAGCUCAUCUCCAAUGCCGAUACUGCUGAGUCUCUCACUAUUGGCUGUAUUGCAAAGAUUAUCCGAAUGGGCUUGCAUAUUGGUCUGGUACCAUUGCUCCUCCAGGUGUUUGAGGCCUUGUACCCCAGAGUACAGAGGGGUGAUCUGAACAGUGUCGCCAAGCUGCACCUUGUGUUGGCCGGCACCAACGUGCAGGUCUUCCACCAAGGACUCUUGUCCAGCGUCACAGAGAGUCUGCUCAGAAACAUCAAAUCGAUCAGACUGAAAGAGUUGGAGAGGCUGGCUUUGACUCUGCAGAUGUUCAAGUGGCCCAAGGAGGUGCCGGGCGUCACGGACGACCUCUACAAGUUCAUCAUGAAUGAGCUGCACUCUCCGGAGCGAGAGCAGGAGUGCAACCAGUACCCGAGGAGCUUCACCUCUCUGCUGCACUACCUCAGCGUUGCCGGCCUCUACGACUACAAGCUGGCGGACAGGGCUCUCAGCCACGAGUUUCUCAAUGUCAUCUACACACCUUCCGUCAAGGACUCUGGCUUUGAGAUCCUGUCUCUGGACGUUGGGCUCGAGGUCGAGUGUCCUGACUACCAAGGUGCCAGACUGAAGCAGAAGUCCAGAUCGGUUUUGUCCAAGGAGAUCAGUAAGAGCCCAUACUACUACCGCGACUUUAACCAAACCAUGGACAAAGGUUCUUAUAAUGACAAGAAACUGAAGGAAGUCGCGCUCACCAUGUCAAAGAUCAUUGGCCCCAGCUGGGAAAGCAAAAUGUACAUUGGACACCUGCUGCCCAAUUUCUUCUGGCCUGAUAUCGCUUUGAAAUUCAGUGAGGACUGUGAGAGCUUUGAAGACUUCCCCAGUGAUUUUGAUUUUCAGUGGCCAGGUGUGAUCAAGAAACCGGACAGCCCGAACUGGGCAGUAGUGGUUUAUGCGUGCAGGUCUUUAGUUGUCAGGGGCGACGAAAACCAAGUGAUUGGUAGUCUAGCCAUGAAACUGAGAUGGCUGGAAAAAGUAGGAUAUAACUGUAUUCUCAUACCAAAUUUAGAAUGGCCUGAAAAUAGAGAUGAUCAAAUUGACAAAAUUGAGUCUUUGUUAAUUAGUUGCCGGAAAUCAAUUAUGAGCAAAAGGCAGCAAAACGUUCUGUUAAAUUAGUUUCACGUGUAUAAAUAACUUUUAGAAGAAUUCAUUUAUUUCAUUUAAUUAACAAUUCCCUCGAUUAUUUAUGCCUGGAUAUCAUUUUAUAAUAAAAAAUAUUGGUUAACUGAA